UCAGAUGGUGGGAAGAUAGAGAUGAGUUUGACAAGGCAUUGCCAAGAAGAAGAAGAAGAAGAAGAAGCUUUUCAAUUAUCCUCCUCAUGAACACUCUUUCUGGGUCUCUCCCUAGAACCGCUUUGAGAACUAAAGAAAGAAGAAUGGGUUCAGUUCCUGUGAUUCGCUUUCCCAUCAUCUUCUUCAUCAGAAUUUUCGGAAUCAUUGUGGCCGCUCUGCUUUUCACCUGGACAAACCAUUUCAGGGGAGGCUUGGCUCUCAUCUCUGAUAACAAAGAUCUCAUUUUUAAUGUUCAUCCUGUGUUGAUGGUACUUGGUCUUGUACUACUAAAUGGAGAAGCCAUGCUAGUGUACAAGACUGUAUCUGGAACAAAAAGCUUCAAAAAAUUAGUUCAUCUUGGACUACAAUUUCUUGCUGUUUGUUUCAGCAUUAUUGGUGUAUGGGCUGCUUUGAAAUUUCACAAUGACAAGGGCAUUGACAACUUUUACAGCCUGCAUUCCUGGUUAGGCCUAGCUUGCCUGUUUUUAUUCAGCCUCCAGUGGGCUGCCGGAUUUGUGACUUUUUGGUAUCCAGGUGGGGAUGCAAGUAGCAGAGCUUCCUUGCAGCCGUGGCAUGUGUUCUUGGGUGUUUAUAUUUAUGCGCUUGCCAUUGCUACUGUGACUACUGGUAUCUUAGAAAAACUCACAUUUCUGCAGAUCAGUCAAGUGAUUUCACGCUAUUCAACUGAGGCUAUGUUGGUGAAUUCUCUUGGUAUAUUGGUUGUGGCUCUUGGUGGAAUUGUUAUUCUUGCUGUCAUUACUUCUACCAAUGAAAAAGUUGAUAAUGUCAGAGAAGCAACUGAGUAAGCUGAAUGAAACUAAAGUAGUUCCUUAGUUGUAGGAGUGAGUAUACUGCUCGAUCAAAAUGUUUUUGCUAUGUAUCUGUAUGAUACAUUAUAUUAUUGAGCGAUUUCUUUUGUUUGCCCC